AAUGUGUCAAUAAACUAAUCAAAACAAAGUGAAUUGUGCUGUUAAUAUCAGUUAAAAAAACUUAAUAAGGACAUGACUAUUUUAUAAUAAGUGAUCUUGUUCCUAGUGUUACAUAAAUAUCUACAAGAAAUGAAUAACUUCCAACAGUGCCCACUAAAAGUCUACAUACAAGACGUAUUUCGCGCCAAAAAUACAGAACACAAAUACAUUUACGAAUUAUUCGGACUGACAUUCAAGAAUAUCAUGAUACAUGGCGUAAUUACAUCUAUUUACAAUACAGUGAACAACGCAACAAAUAUAGAGCUCUCCGACUGUACAGGAUCAGUUCAAAUUUAUUAUGAUAGCACAAAAAGUAAUAUAAAUACAUCACCCGCCAUUUUGAAAGAUUUAUAUUAUGGUUUUUCUGUAGCGACGAGAGCAGGCAACGACAACGUUCACAUUAUGUCUACUCUUUUAGACCGUAUAGCGAAAAAACCAUUGAAUUUUGCGCUGGGAGACUAUUUAAGUGUAGUUGGAGAUAUAUUUUUAGAUGAGAAAAAAAUAAGAAUGGUUUCAGCGUACGAAUGUAAAAUAACUUCGGCGGAACGAGAUGUUGUAUGGAUGGAAGAGCUUAGAUAUUUAUACGAAAAAUAUUACCUUAGGAGUAAUUAAUUAAAUAACUUUUUUGUCA